ACGCGUUUUAAGAUGGCCAAUAAACGUCUACCAGCCGAUAUACACAGCAUGCCUCGGUACAAAAUCGUAGUUCUUGGAGAUGGUGGUGUUGGAAAGUCUGCAUUAACCAUUCAGUACUUUCAACAUAUGUUCUUGGAGGAUCACGACCCAACUAUUGAGGAUUCCUAUAUACAAAAUGAAGAGAUUGACAAUGAAUGGUGUAUACUUGAUGUCUUGGAUACGGCCGGCCAAGAUGAAUUCAGCGCCAUGCGGGAACAAUAUAUGCGAAAGGGCCUUGGAUUCAUAUUUGUUUACUCUGUUACCGACCCUCACAGUUUUAAGCAAGUUGAACGCUUUCACACUCAAGUACUUCAAUCUAAAGACACUGAAUUUUAUCCAAUGAUGCUAGCCGCGAACAAGAUUGAUUUGAUCCAGCACCGGCAAGUCUCUGAAGAGGACGGCAGGCGCCUUGCUGAUCAGCUUAAGGUAUACCUGGACCUUUCAGAAUAUAUUUUAUUAUUUUUAUCAAUUCCAUUUUUUGACCUAAAGUUACAUGUGAAUUUGUAA